UUACCUUGAAAGAUUCUAGCGCGAGAUAGCGGAAAAGUCGAUAUCCGCGGGGUGGCACUUUCAAUUGUUUCGAGGGCAGUUUCUUGCAUGCACUCGGUGCUAUUCUUUUACUGCGCGAGGAUGUUGCGUUCUGGGAAGCAAUUUUAGUCGCGAAGGAAUAACAAAUGGAAAAAUUGUUCGAUAAAUAGUGCUUUUUAAUGGGUGGUACAGUUAUGUGGAAAAUUGCUUGGUUUAUGGUAAUAAUUUGUUGUGUUUCUCGCGUUACUUCUGUUCUGGAGAUCGAUUCCAUAGUUGUUGAACUUGUUAAAAAUUUGGAUUACGAUCAGCUGGUGGUUUUCAAGAAUUCCGAGUAUUUUUUUCGAAAUUCAGGUCUCAAACUUGUGAAACUCAUGGAACAGAUGAAGACGAUCUUGGUAGACAUCGACCACGAACAAAUUUAUUUACUGUCACUCGGAACAUCCAGAACGUCAACUCUGUGUAUAAUACUUCAGAACGGAGCGAUUGGCGCUAAUGACGUAAUGAGGUUUCUCGUCGAAGCGUCACCAGUGUCGACUCGUCCCAAGUGUCUGAUGUUUGCUGAUAACGACACGUACUCCGAGGAAAGUUUCGCUAGCAUUUUGCUGCAAGCUUGGUCACUGAAAUUUUUGGAUUUCACCAUUUUAUUCGUAAACGAUGAAGGUCAACCCCAAAUGAUCAGUUACAAUCCAUUCACCAAGUCCUACAUCACCGAAGAAGUAACCAACACCAGUCUACUAUUUCCUGAUAAAAUGAGCAACAUGAACGAGUAUACUCUGAGAAUACCGAUCUACUACCUUCCUCCAUACAAUUCUUUCGUGCUUCAAGACGGCGCAAUAACAUCAGUAGAUGGCUACGAUUACCCUUUCAUCGAGAUUUUUUCCAAAAAAUUGAACUUCUCCCUUCAAUACUUAAUAGUUGAAGAACGCUCGAACAUCACGGCGCUGUUUGAGAAGUUGCUCCUGCUAUUGGAGAACAACAAAGUGAGCAUACUGCCAAAACCUCUGUAUCUGGGAACGCACUACUACGGCAGAGAUGUGGUGAUUGGAAAAGCCUACCGGGACACCAACUACGUACUGGUUGUACCUGUUUUACCAAUGUCACGAAUGAGAGAUUACAUACGGAUGUUGACAAAACUGGCCUUCUUUCCAACGCACGUUCUGAUCCUCAAACUAAUCCUUAGUUUGAUGAGGUUUCGUUUGAACCAAUGGAUACACUUGUUACAAAUGCUGGUAGGCUCGGCGUUGACUAAACAGCCGCAGAAAGUGGCUGAACGGAUUGUCUUCUUUACCGUAGUCUUGCUGUCGAUGAUAUUUUCCACGGACGUGUUAGCAAGUUUGACGGAUACGAAGGUGGCCAGCAAUGAUAUACCGUUUGAAUCUUACGAGGAGAUCAUCUCUUCGAAUUUGAAGGUUUACGGGAGGAUAACGGGCUCGGAAAGACAAAACGAUCUAUUUAAAAAGCUGGAUGUCCAAAACAUCAGAAGUUUAUCCGAAUGCAUCUCUAAGUCGGCAAGAACCAAAUGCUGCAUUUGCAUAGCCCCAAAGUUAGCCGCGAUGUACCUGGUGGACGAAUUCGAGAAUAAGAGCGAGCCAACGCUGAAAAUAUCGCGCUUUAAGCUUUACUCGGACAUGUUGGCAUUUGGGUUUGAAAAGGCAUCUCCGUACGUCGAGAAAAUCGACCUGGUGUUGCAGACUCUGGUCGAAGCUGGAGUUCAGUCCGCGUGGAAGACCCGACAGAUGUACAGUACAGUCAAGGACCGAAAGGAACGUGACAAGAGGAGGGACCAAAAAGAAGACUCUUCGGAAAAAAUUGUGGUUCGGUUCACAGCGAUGCUGCUCGUUUUCCACGUGAUCGCUACCGUUGUCUUUCUUGUUGAAUUGUUAACCAAGAGAUUUGGUCCUCGGGUGAGGAGGAUGUUUGUCACUGCUUAAUUAAAUAUAUAAUA